UCCCACAACGGGAGUAGUCGUUUUACAUACGCUACAUUUAACGGUCGGCACAAAUGUGCACUAAAUGCUCGCAGCUAAUCGUCUGGGCUAUUGCACAGCGGUCUUGCUAACGCUCGCUGCCGCUGUGAGCGGCCAACACGAGCCACAUUGGUUGGCCAGUCGCAACACGAUUGUGCAUCUCUUCGAAUGGAAGUGGACGGAUAUAGCGGCGGAGUGUGAGCGGUUUUUAGCGCCACGCGGUUUUGCAGGUGUACAGGUCUCACCCGUUGCCGAAAAUGUUGUCAUACCAGGACGUCCUUGGUGGGAGCGUUAUCAGCCGGUAUCUUAUAAAUUAAUUACGCGUUCCGGCAAUGAGACUGAGUUCGCCGACAUGGUGCGACGUUGUAACGAUGUGGGCGUACGUAUUUAUGUCGAUGUGCUGCUCAAUCAUAUGGCGGCCACACAUGAGGGUGCAGUGUACGGCACAGGCGGCUCGGUAGCUUAUCCGAGCGCAAAGUAUUUUCCUGCAGUACCUUAUACGGAAGAAGAUUUUCAUGACACUUGUGAUAUACAAGAUUGGAAUGAUCGUUAUCAAGUGCAGAAUUGUGAGCUGAUCUGUCUAAAAGACUUGGAUCAGAGUAGUGUAAGGGUGCGAACGCACUUGUUGCGGUUUCUCAAUUACUUAGUUGAGUUGGGUGUUGCUGGCUUUCGUGUAGACGCCGCUAAACAUAUACCCGCGGAGGAGUUAAAGCUCAUCUAUGAUAAUGUGGUGAAUCUCAACACCGCACACGGUUUCCCAUUCAAUGCGCGUCCCUUCAUCUACCAAGAGGUCGUCGAUCAUGGUUAUGAGGCGGUUAGCAAAUAUGAAUAUAGUCCACUCGGCGCUGUCACAGAGUUCCGUUUCUCGGAGGAAAUUGGUGGCGCUUUUCGUGGACACAAUCAACUCAAGUGGCUGCGUAACUGGGGUCCCGCUUGGGGUUUUCUACCCUCCGCGCAUGCUUUUGUUUUCGUAGACAAUCACGACAAUCAACGAGAAGGUGGGCGCGUGUUAACCUAUAAAAAUGCGAAACAAUACAAAAUGGCUACUGCCUUCACACUGGCCUACCCUUACGGUAUUACGCGUGUGAUGAGCUCAUUCGAUUUUGUUGAACACGAUCAGGCGCCACCUGCCGAUGCCGACGAAGUAAUACUCUCGCCGCAAUUCGAUACGGCUGGCGCUUGCAUGAAUGGUUGGGUUUGCGAGCACCGCUGGCGGCAGAUUUAUAAUAUGAUCGGUUUCAAGAAUGCCGUGCGCGGCACCGAAAUGUCCAACUGGUGGGAUAACGAUGACAAUCAAAUCGCUUUCUGUCGUGGUAACCGAGGUUUCAUCGCCUUCAAUGGCAAUAAUUGGGAACUUACGCAGCGUUUGUAUACCUGCCUCUCCGCGGGUGUCUACUGUGAUGUGAUCUCCGGUGCGCUUGUGAAUGGUAAAUGCACAGGGAAGGCAGUGCUGGUGGAUGAGUGGGGUUUCGCCGAUAUUAAGUUGGGCGCCGAUGAGUUUGACGGCGUUUUGGCCAUACACGUGCAGGCAAAGAUGGAGGAACGCAAAGAGAGAUUGGAACGGAAUUUAAUUCGGCUGCUAGCUACGAGAGCUUGCAGACAGUGUCAUUUAUACCUUAUAUUAAAACUCAAAUGUGCACCCUGUAUAAAGAUAAUGGAAGAAUAUUCAGUUUAUACUUUAAAAAGCAAAUCGUCUGACUUUUAUUUGAAUUCGAGAAGGUAUUUCGUAAUGAAGUAAGCAGAGCGUAGAGUU